UCGGUUUCUCCAAGACCCCUGAUUUAUGUGAUCCUCUACUAUGCACCAAACUCAUCCAUACUUACCAGGAUUUUCAAUUCAAUAAGAAAAUUUAAUAAAUACUUUCUAUUCCCCCUUAAUAUCCUUCCCAUUUUUCCUUCCUGCAAUUUAUUAAAAUUGCUUCACAUUAGCAUUUUUCCACUCUUCUACACUAAAACUCAUUGAAUUUUUUCUUCAUUUAUGUUAAGGCUUUUACUCAUUCCUCCCUUAGACACUUUAUUUAGUUGAGGGAAAGUAGACCUAAACACAACAAAUUAAGUGUUUGAGGAGGUCAUUCUUUCCCCCUUUAGGUACUCUUUUCCCCAUUAAUUUGCCAAUUUGCACUUUUCUAUCCCCCAACCCCUGAAAAAUUUUUAGACAGCUUGACAUUUGCCGGACUCUGCCUAAGAUUUCAUUUUUUUCCCAAAAAUAAAGAACACAUGUCUAACAAGACCAGGCUUUUUUAAUUUAGGGGUGCGCAACAGGGAUGGGACGGGUUUAGGAAAAAAGUUGGUUCGAGUUUCGCGUCGGGUUUUCAAAAUUUUCUUUAGAUCGUUUCGGGUUGGAAAAAAGUCGGGCUUUGGGUAUCGAUUUUCGGUUAACCCUUCCCAUCCCUGGUGCGCAAGGCAUUUUUCUCUAAAUUUUAAAAUUUUUAAACCUAAUUUUUGCUUAUUUUUUGUUUAUUCCCACAUGUUUCUCUUUGUUUAUCUGCCUUUAUUCCCCAAAAUUUUACUAGAGUUUAAGCCAAGAAGAUGUUUAAAAUUUCUCAUUUUAUGAUCCUUUUUCUUUUAUGACUCCGACUUUUCUUUAUUUUCGUUUUAAAUGUUUAAAAUUUGCGUUCAUCUGUCAGUAAACAUCGAAGUACAUAUUAGUAAAGAUGAAAGGUCACGCAUGAAAUAUUGUAAAUUACGCACUUAAUGAUUUUGAAUUUUAAACCCUUUACGUGAAUUGAGCUAAGAGACCUGUUCGAUGUUCUGCGAUAAACUAGCUGUUCGACUUCUCGAUCGCCUAUCCACAGUCCACUAUAAAAAUUCUGUCCACGACCCUGAUUUUGGCAUCAGAAUCCCUACGAGAAUUGAGAUAAGCUAUAUGUCGUUGUCUUGGGAUAAUUUAAUUGUUCGACUCACUGAUAAAAUUUCUGUCCCCUACCUCGAUACCUGA